AUGGACGACCUUGCUAGGCGACUCGUGCCUCGUAGUCUCUACGGCACGAACGCUACCUAUGUUUACGCUUUUUCAAGGGGCUUGGAUGGCGUCAAUGUUCCUCGCGAUGUUCUGUUUACGCGAAUCAUCCUCGCCUCUGUCAUUUUUGUGGCCUUGGUUGUUUUCUGCAGCCGGGUUGCGCAACUAAGUCACGCUUAUCUUCGUCACAUCUCUUCCUUAGCAGCAAACAGGCGGCAACAGACAUUCUGGAGUGUGGAGGAAUCGCAGUUAUGGGUGAGUAUCAAGAAGCAUUUGUUAUAUGCCCCACUUGGCAGGAAGAGACACAAUCGUGAGAUUCAGCUGUCGUCCGCAAUCAACGUCGGCACUCUGCCAUCCCGAUUCCAGACAAUCCUUAUUACCUUGUAUGUUGCGAGCCAAAUAGCCUACUGCUGUAUCCUGGAUUACAAUGAGAAUGUCAAAGCUGCCCUUGUUGCGGAGCUUCGAGGUCGAUCUGGAACGCUGGCCGUUCUCAACAUGGUGCCGCUGUUUAUUCUCGCUGGCCGCAAUAACCCGCUAAUCCCGCUGUUACAUGUGAGCUUUGACACUUAUAACCUCCUACACCGCUGGCUUGGUCGGAUUGUUGUGGUCGAAAGUGUGGUGCACACUUGUGCCUGGGCCGUCAAUGCAGUUGAUGAAGUCAGUUUCUCGGAUAUGCUGCUGCGCCUCCGCACCACGCCGUUCUUCGCCUGGGGUUUGGUGGGAACCCUUGCCAUGGUCUUCCUCGUUCUUCAUUCCCCGUCUCCUAUUAGGCACGCGUUCUACGAAACAUUCCUGCACCUCCACCGGCUCGCAGCGUUUCUCGCCUUCCUUGGGGUUUACCUUCAUAUCGACCUGGACCAUCUGCCUCAGAAACCCUGGAUCAUGGCUGUUGGCGCAAUCUGGCUUAUUGAACGAUUAGCUCGUGUCGGCCGUCUCAUUCACCUGAACUUCUCUCUCAGGAAGGGAUCCACAAACCUUGUUGUCGAGGCUCUCCCCGGUGAAGCUUGUAAAGUGACGUUCCAGCUGCCAAAACGGGUGCAUGUUAGCCCGGGAUCCCAUGUCUAUGCCUACAUUCCAAGCGUCUCGUUAUGGAUGUCCCACCCGUUCUCUGUUGCCUGGGUGGAUCCAAAUAGCUGUGUAACCAGACAAGGGUUCGUCGAACACCACUCGCGAAUGAACGCAUCAAUCACCUCCAUGACGCCCUCUCGCCUGGAGAAGCAGGCCCUCGUCGACUUGGACGACUAUUUCCUGGAGGAGCAACAGCCAACUUCAGUCUCUCUCAUCAUAAGUGCUCGUCAAGGCAUGACGCGCAAACUGUACAACAAAGCGCUUGCAUCGCCGAAACACACGUUUUCCGCCGUCGGACUCAUCGAGGGCCCGUACGCCUCCCACGCCGCGAAUGCCGGCAGUUACGGCACCGCGGUGCUGUUCUCCGCCGGCGCCGGCAUCACCCAUCAUAUGCUUUUCGUGCGCGACCUGCUCAUCCGCGCUGCCGAAGGCCGGGUAGCCACCCAGAAAAUAUACCUUGUCUGGUCCGUUCGCAGCACCGAGCAUCUCAGCUGGGUGCGAGAAUGGAUGGACCAGAUCUUACGGCUCCCCGGCCGGCGCGAGAUCCUGACUAUCCAGCUGUUCGUCUCGAAGCCCAAAAGCAGCCGAGAGAUCGUAUCGCCUAGUGCUACAGUACAAAUGUUCCCAGGCCGAUGCCGUCCGGACGUCGUCCUGGACGAGGUGAUUCCCAAACGCGUGGGCGCGACGCUGGUGUCGGUUUGCGGCCCGGGGGCCUUUGCAGAUGAAGUGCGUGCAGCCGCGCGCAACAAAAUUGGCAAAGGAGCGGUUGUUGACUUUGUCGAGGAGGCUUUUACUUGGUAG